AUGGAUUUAUCAAAACCCUAUGAUGAAGAAAUUUACGAGACAGAACAAUUCAUAAAAAAACUUAGAAAUAAAUCAAAAGCCACUGAAGAAUCUUCAUGAGAAAAAUUUAAAGCAUCACUUAUAGUGAUCCAGAAUUCAGAGAGAGAGCUUUUUGUGUUGUUUUUUAUUAAUAUCAUGCUAAGCCUUGACUAUUAUAUAUUGACAACAAUGAUUCCGCUUUAUUUUUCCCAGGAAGAAGGUGCAUCUGAUACUGAGGCUGGAGUUAUCUUCGGGCUUGUAGGUAUUGUAAUAGGUAUUCUUGCCGUUUUUCUGGGCCCAUUUGUGAAUAAAUUAGGCUGCAAGCAAUCAUUAAUUGUAUCAGGGGGAUUUACAUUUAUCGGAUAUUUGCUUCUCUUAUCGACGAGAAAUAUAAUAGUAAAUCUGAUAGGGGUUAUAUGUUUUUUAACCGUAGGAUGCUCAAUGUCAUGAUCUGUUGUAGAAUUAGGGGCUAAAUUGUAUACAGCAAAAGAAGCAAGAAACACAAGUAAUUCCUUGUUAAUGAUAGGGAAUUUUUUCUCAGGAAUUUUGGCUGGGACUGCUAUUGAUUUUAUUUGGACAAAUAAUGGCAAUAUAAAUAACAAAUAUUUCACCAUUUACAGCACUGCUGCUUUUGCUGCAGGAUUAUCAUUUCUUGCAGCAAUAUCUAUGAGGGAGCCACGUGAAACUGAAACUGAAGAAGAGGAAGAAAUUAUUUUUUCAAGAAAUUUGUAUAUAAAGAAAAAAUUUUGGAGAUUUUUAGCACUAAUUUUUCUAUUGAUUUUACUUAUUUCCCUCCAUGAGCGAAUAAAAAGAUUUUUUUCGCUCAUGGAUUAAUUCUCAAUCCAAAAAAUGGAAGUAGAAAUUAAUUUAAUUCUUAAAACUUAUAUUUUAAAAUGCAAGCUAUUUAAAAUUUAAUAGAAUUAGCUCGAGGUUUCAUUAUAAUAAUUAUCACUUACAGAUCCAAAUAUUUUUCAUAAAAACUUUUUGUUCACUCACGGAGAUGAGAGGGGGGAGUUAGAAGUGGGUGCUUUGGGCAUUUAGAUGCGACUUUUCCAAAAUAUCUUACAAGACAAGAAGGAGAAAAAGCUCACUUUGGUGCAUAUUUAGCUUUACAUUCUGCGACAAUGCUGUGCGGCACCAUAGGCUUUACCCCAAUUUCCUAUAAUUUUUCAAGUUAUUCUUUAAUCCUAGCAGGAGCUGUUAUGGGCUCGAUUGCUCCUUUAUUUUUAGCUAUAGGGGGAAGCACAUUUUAUUUUAUUUGCUUUGUGCUCGUGGUGUCUGCAGGUGAGAGUUUAUGGGUUCCAAGAUUAUUAGACUACACUAUAAGAAUUGCACCUAAAGGAGAAGAAGGGACCUAUUUAGCAUUAUGCAAUUGUCCCUUUUACUUUGGGAUGAUUGUGACCGGAAUUUUUUCUGGAAAUUUACUUGAGAUGUAUUGUCCUGAGGAAGGAGAAAACAACUGCGACAAAAUGUGACUUAUUAUAGGAAUUUGUGGUAUAGUAAUUCCCAUCUUGUUGUUUAUGUUUAGAAAAAUACUAGAGCAGCCAGAUGAAGAAGAAAAUCCAUAUAUGCCUUGCUUUAAAGAAGGAAAUAUUAAUUAUGAUAAAGUUCCAAUAAACUAA